CAUUCGUUUUUCGCCUGCUGUCGACAGUUAGCGCUGUGUUUGCGAGUGGUGGCGGCGUUUGCAACUACGGUCCCCCUUGAAUGUGAAAGAAGACGCAUCGAAAAGCAUCAAAGAUGGCUUUCGCACCCAAAAAAGACGGAGGGCCAAAUUUGAAAUUUUACGAAGCCCAAGAAACACUUUUACUUUUUGAAGGGGUGAAAGCAUGGCUGUUAAAAAAUUGCAAAAAGUAUGUUCAAACAGAACCUCCGACGGCAAAAAGUCUUUCGACUUGCAUCACUCAAGUUGUCCAAUUCCAAGAAGAUGCCUGUGGAAAAAAUGUGACCAAACCACCACUUACUAGAAUCCCCACAAAAUGCUUUUUGGACUUCAGACCAAAUGGCGGGCUCUGCCAAAUUUUGGCCACUGUUUACAAAUUUCGCACAGAUCAUGGCUGGAGGAGGAUGGAUUUCGCAUCUCCCUCCAGAAUGGAUCGCCACAUUGAAAUGAUGAUGGCCAUUGAGAAAGCCUUAAUUCAAGCAAAAUGUCUUGUGCAGCCAAAUAUUUAUAUUAUGCCUGAAGUUGAUAAAGGAAUUGUUGGGAAACUAAAGGAAAUUGUCAAAAGACAUCAAGGACUAGUAGCAGAGAAUGAAGCAGAGGCAACACACAUUGUCUAUUCUGCUACCGAUCCACUCGAAGAAGAGUACGCCCGUCCGUUGUUUCGUCGCGAUCGUAACACCUUACUUCAUUGGUAUUAUUUCCCUGAUUCCUACGACAAAUGGGACACAAUCGACCUGCCUGUCGAUCCUCCAGAGCUUUCCGACUACCUUGAAUCCCUAAAUGAACCUCAUAAAACGUAUCGAGUUGCUGCCAAUUGGUUACUCGAUUUAGACCAAUACAACGAGUGGAUGAAUGAAGAAGAUUAUGAAGUUGAUGUAAAUGGCAAAAAAAAAGUGCACAGACUUCGUUUGUCCGUGGAGGAUCUAAUGAUGGGCAGCGAGAACAAACAGAAGGGGAAAACCCUAAAGCGGAGGCGGUCCCCUUCACCCGCUGGUAGUGGCUCCACAAAAACUGUCACCACUCCAGCAACUGCGGGUGGUGCUGGAAAACGUAAAGGCGUCCGUCCCUCUUUACUGGGUAAAAAGUUCAAGGGUGGCGAAGAUGACAGCGACGAUCUCACACGUGAUAUGGAAGAUCCUCCAUCAGACACCAAUCUACGCGAAGUAGAGGUUCCCAAAGCUCAUCCCGUUCCAGGCGGACCACUUCCAGCAACAAUUAAGAAGGACGCAGAUUGGAUGCCUACGAAAGGAGCUGCAUUGACUGAUUUAGACGAGGAAGGUGAAAAACUGGCUGAUAUCACGUUGGUCACGCCGCAAGACGAUCCACAUGGACAGCAGGUACUGCUACAACAGCAUGAUGAUAAUGUCACCGAUCAGACUCACCACAUUAUAAUUCCAAGCUACGCCGCUUGGUUUGAUUACAAUUCGAUUCAUUCAAUUGAGCGUCGCGCAUUGCCUGAAUUUUUCAAUGGCAAGAAUCGAUCAAAGACUCCAGAGGUUUAUCUAGCGUAUCGGAAUUUCAUGAUCGACACCUACCGCUUGAAUCCCACCGAGUACUUGACGAGCACGGCUUGCCGGCGUAACUUGGCCGGCGACGUUUGCGCCAUCAUGCGCGUUCACGCUUUCCUCGAGCAAUGGGGACUCGUCAACUAUCAAGUGGAUGGCGAUUCGCGACCGAUGCCUGUUGGUCCGCCGCCAACGUCUCACUUCCACAUUCUGUCAGAUACUCCAUCAGGUCUGCAACCGGUGAACCCGCCUCGCACUACCCAGCCGUCGGCUGCCAAGACGUUGAUCGAUAUGGAUAAGAAAACAGGAGCAACUGCCCGCCAAUCAGAAACAGCUCCCGUGGCUAAUAAUUUUGGCCUGAAACUCGACCAGUACAGCCGUAAGAGCUCGUCGGUACUGAAGAACAAGGCCACGAGAGAGUGGACAGAACAGGAGACUCUCUUGUUACUCGAGGGCUUGGAACUGUACAAGGACGACUGGAACAAAGUGUGCGAGCACGUCGGAACCCGUACCCAAGACGAAUGCAUCCUCCACUUCCUCCGCCUUCCCAUCGAGGAUCCCUUUUUCGAGGACGUUGAACUGGGAAGUGGCGGAGCCCUGGGCCCAUUGGCCUAUCAGCCCAUUCCCUUUAGCCAGGCCGGCAACCCCAUCAUGUCGACAGUGGCUUUCCUCGCUUCCGUCGUCGAUCCUCGCGUCGCUGCCGCCGCUGCCAAAGCCGCCAUGGAGGAAUUCGCCAAAAUCAAGGACGAAGUGCCGUCCGCUCUGCUGGAGACGCACAUGAAGAACGUUGAGACUGCGGUGGCUGAAGGCAAAUCGGAUCCGUCUGUGGCGGCUCUUACCCAGUCCGGAAUUGCGGGAACAGUUCAAGACAAGGAGGAGGCCGAAAGAGAGAAAGAAAAGGAGAAAGCAGAAAAAUUAGUCGAUGAAAAGGAAGCCGAAAAGAAGGAAGAGAAGAAGGAGGCGGAUAAAAAGGGUGAAGACCAGAAGGAAACGGAGAAAAAAGAAAGCGAGAAAGAUGCCCCUGCUACUGUCGAAAGUGGAAAGGAGCCGGAGAAAGAGAAAAAGAUGCCGGAGACAGAAACGGAGGAAGACAAAGACAAAACGGAAAAGAUGGAUGUGGACGCCAGCAAAGAGACCAAGGAAGAUGGAGAAGGGACGAAAGAGCCGGCUGCAAAGGAAUCUGAAUCUAAGGAGCCAGAAAUUAAGGAAGAAAAAAUGGAACUUGGCGAAACUAAGAAAGACAAAGAAAGCGACGAUGAUAAAGAGAAAUCCUCUGAGGCAUCGGUCGCAUUGGUUGCGGACAGUGAAAAGCAGAAGCUCGUCAAAGACGCGCAACUACAAUCGGCAGCAGCCGCUUCCCUCUCUGCAGCCGCCGUCAAGGCCCGUCACCUCGCAGCCGCAGAGGAGCGCAAAAUCAAAUCUUUGGUCGCUCUCUUGGUCGAGACGCAAAUGAAAAAGCUCGAGAUCAAAUUGAGGCAUUUCGAAGAGCUCGAAGCCAUGAUGGAUCGCGAGCGCGAAACUUUGGAAUACCAGCGACAGGCAUUGUUGCAAGAGCGUCAAGCGUUCCAUUUGGAGCAGCUGCGGGCAGCUGAGGCGAGAGCUCGUCAACAAGCUCAGGUUCAACUCCAGCAGCAACAAAUGCAGCAAGCUCAAAUGCAACAGCAACAGCAACAGGUGCAACAGAUUCCCAUCAUCCCGAACGUGCAAUUGCCCAUCGGUCCACCUCCCUCUGUAGCCACGGCCGGCUACACGGGCAGCUCGCCACUUCCGCCGCAAAUCCAACCCAGUCCGCAGCCUCACUUGCCGCCACCCACGACACCUGUCCCAUCAUCCGACGUUCCAACGACUCUGUCGGUCUAAA